AUGUCCAGGCAACCGGGGGCAUCGUGGAUUAUCAAGGUGGAUCAUGGAGACUUGGGCAGCAAAAAUCGAAAUGCCCGUCUUAGGAUUGUCGAUCAUCCCGCCACAGCUUGGGACAAGCCCAAGAGCUCUUCAGCCGAGGAUCUCUUGCGAGGGGCCGCACCAAGGCAGCAUCGGAGCUGCAAAAGCCUCGUGCAAUCAUCUUUCGUCGACAGUCAGUUCCGAGAUGAUCACAUCACGCCAUCCGAAAACGGUUUUGUCUGGGCGGCAUAUCAUGCUUACAGCCACCAUCACCACCUGUGCAUCCGCCCGGAGGAUAUCUGGUUCGCGAUCCUGACGCAGAUAAGCUUCUAUAUCAACGCGCACGCCGAAGACCUGCGGUCUUUGUUCGUCGCCCAUGAGGGCAAGAAGGAGCUGAAGGCCGUCCACCAUGUCGCCGACUUUGCUUUCCUGGCCGUCCAGAUGGGCGACAGAAUCGGCGAGAACGUCCUCGACCCCGAACUGAAGGACUGGGUCUUGCCUGCGUUCUCAACUACAACAGAUUCUGACAGAGUAGUCGGAUCCAUAUUAUUCAUGGGCGCCAUGCAGAAAUACUUCUCUUACUCCAUGACGGUUUUCUGCGGUCUCCCAUCCGUGACGCUACUUGGCUGUGUGGAAGAUUGGGAGAACAUCCUGAGUCGGCUCGACAAGCUGGACCUUUUUGGGGAUGAACCAAAGCGAUUCGCCGCGAUGCUUCGGCCAAUCUUGCGUCGCAUGGUCCGGUCUUUCUCAGAUCCGUCUAGUACGGAAACCCUAGAUUUCUGGAAUACUAUUGUGCACAGGAACAGGUUGGGCAGCGGCACAGACUAUCUCUCGGGCUGGCUGACGGCGUUUUGCUUCUGGGAUGAAAAGGGGAAAGCAAAGGCGGCCCGUCACCCGGUCUUGGAAGGCGUCGCAUAUCCUACCGUCGAUGUGGACAAAGUGCCCGCAGGUUUUGCCUCUGUCCCUGUUUCGGUCGACGAUAACGGUCACGAGUACAAGGCGACAAUGGUUGCGGGAUCAGUCGGCAUUCUUGCCACUACCUCUCACAAUCCAGGGACUUCUGACGGGGCACAGGACACCCUCACCAUCGGGUUGAAGCCCGCCAUGCAAAGUGAGUUUGCCAACCUGAACGAAAACAUCCCGCCUCUUGAGGCUGACGAAGAUGAAGACGUCACUUCCAAUGGCGAAAGGAUGGACCUAGACAAGUCUGACCCGGGGGCUGGCCAGGAAGGGCCGAUCCGCGAUACUGUGCAGGCUCUCUCCGGGUGGUGGAUGUUCGAAAUCGAGUCUCCACAGUGA